UCCCGGCGGGCCGGGCAUAAAAGGCCGCCCCGGAGCCGGUUCCGCAGCCUUGGCCGCUUCCUUUUCUUCAGCCCCGACAGCAGCCCCGACAGCAGCCCCCGCCAUGGUGCAGUGGACCGCCGAGGAGAAGAGCACCAUCAACGCCGUCUGGAGCAAGGUCGACGCCCACGGCAAGAAGGUCUUCACCGCCUUCGGAGACGCCGUCAAGAACCCCGAGGGCGUCAAGGAGACCUUCGCCAAGCUGAGCGAGCUGCACUGCGACAAGCUGCACGUGGACCCCGUCAACUUCAAGCUGCUGGGCGACAGCCUGAUCACCGUGCUGGCGGCCCACUUCGGGAAGGAAUUCACCCCGCACGUGCAGGCCUGCUUCCAGAAGCUGGUGUCGGUGGUGGCCCACGCCUUGGCCCACCGGUACCACUAGGCCGCCUCCGCAGCGGCUGCGCCCGCCCUUCGUCGCCUCCGAGGGGGCCUUUCCAGCCCCCCUGACCUGCUCAGACAAUAAAAGUCACCUUAUGCAGACUGAA